AUGAUCGAGCAUGAAACGUUGCUGCAGGCCGUACAGGAGUCGACGUCACACCUUCGGAAUCUGCUACAGCAGAAGCAAGACAGGGCUCUUCCAGGGAACUUUGUGGAAGUGUCUUGCAUCGAAUUCAUGCAUGCCUUUGUGCCCCGCCGCCAGAGGGGACAGCAAAGCCGAAACUCAGAAGUGCCUUCUUUGGAAUGCCCCGAAACUCCAAAAAUCACAGAUGUCUGGAAAGGUAACCAAUUGCAUCCCGGCUACAAAUUUGCUGUGGGUACAUCCACGCCAGAAGAAGAAGGAGAAGAAGAAGAAGAAGGAGAAGGAGACAAAGUGUACGACGAGGAUGACCAGGAUGAGCUGCUUGAAAGGGACGUGAAACGAGUAUCCAACGCUGCGCUCUAUCUAGACCAUGAAGCACCGAGCGACGGACAGCCGUGGUGGGAGCGACAGGUCAUGCCAUUCAAGUUCAUGAUGGAAUGUGUCGAUCCGCCUCGUAUCCUGCGCUGA